AAAAAAGAGAGAGAGAGAGAGAAAGAAGAAGAAGAAGAGAAAAAAAACUGAGCCAAACUUUUUAAAAACUCAAUCACAAGUUCAACUGAUAACAAAACGAGAGAGACAACGACACCAGAGUACAAUAUCUAACACGUGGGGCUGUUAAACGAUAUGUUUAUGGUCGUGUUUCGCUGUUGUCUUUGUCGUCAAAUUCAAACUAACUUGUUGGUUAAACAAUGAGAGUUCCCCUGUUGCCAGUUCCACCCUCGCUCGCUUGCACAUUUUUCAACUUUUGCGCACUCGUUGCCAACAACUUUUAAAUAUCUUUAAGACGGACGUCAACAGACCGUUUUUUGUUUUUGUUUUUUACAUAACCAGCAAUAACACGAAAACCUACAAUGUCGACUUUUUAAAUAGCAGCGAGAUGUAGCUGGAAAAACAAAACAAAAACUACUUGUUGGUAUGAUCACAAUGCUUCAGAUAGGUGUAGCCGAGCUCGGCCCCCCUGUCCAGCAGCAGGAGGAGCAGAUGGACUGUGGUGCCGCAACCGCUGACCCAAGUGAUGAUGCCCCUUUGUCACAGGAUGCAUUAAAUGGAGAGGAGGAUUUGAGUGAGGAGGAGAAGGUCAGACGGAGGGCAGAGCGACGCAAAGCGAAGAGGAAGCGCCGUCGGAAACGUAAGAAGCAGGAGCAGGUUAAGCAAAACGAGAGCACCGAACGGGAUGAUGAAGAUGAGGAUGGAGGGGGAGAUUCUGAACUGGAUGAGAGCGAGUCAGAAGCAGAAGCCGGCGCUGAACAGGAGAAACAGACAGUGCAGAAAGAGGAGGAGGAAAAUGAGGCAGCUGCCUCACAGAAAUACGUCACCACUCCAGACGUGGCUCCUUCGGGAAUCAAGGGACAUCAGAAGACCCAAGCCAGAUCCGCUGAAGAAGAGCCUGAGUGGGACGUGAGCAGUGCCUUCUUUGCUAAUGCUGCUAGCCAUAUCAAACCCAAAGGAUCAAGUCGCAAGUCCAAAGAGAACAAGGAGAAUGAGGCCAGGAGAGAGUCCAACGGAACUGACACCAUGACCAAGAAAAGUGCAUCACUGACAGAAAAGGGGAUAAAGCUGGUGCAAGAAGGGCAGUACACCCAAGCAGUCAGUAUGUUUACAGAAGCCAUCAAAUGUGAUCCAAAGGAUAACAGGUUCUUCGGGAAUCGUUCCUAUUGCUAUUACUGCCUGGAGCAGUACCCUCAGGCCCUGGCAGACGCUGAACGCUCCAUUCUGCUAGCUCCAGACUGGCCCAAAGGACACUUCCGCCAGGGCUGUGCUCUCAUGGGCAUGCAGCGGUACAGUGAGGCAGAGAAGGCUAUGGAGCAGGUGCUAAAACUGGACAGAGACUGUGACGAGGCUGUUAAUGAACUGUUUAACUGCCGAGUGCUGCAGUUGAUGGAGCUUGGUUUUGAAGAAGGACAAAGUGUCCUGCUGCUGGAGAAAUUUUCAACUGUGCAGGCUGUUCUGACAUCUUGUUCUGAUGUUGCCAAGGGGAGCCAAGAUCCAUCAGUUGUGCAACCAGGAAGCCCUUGUCCAUCGCUGUGGGUGGGAAAUGUGACGACUGAGCUAACUGAGAAACACCUAUGGGACCUUUUUAAAAUGUAUGGCGAGAUAGAGAGUAUCCGUGUGCUGCAUGAGAGAUUCUGUGCCUUCGUCAACUUCAAGAAUGCAAACAUGGCUGCUCGUGCCAUGGAGAAACUUAAUGGUUAUUGUAUUGAGAACACACGUUUAGUGGUGCGCUAUCCUGACCGUCGCACUCAGAGGGUCCUUCCCAUUCCACUUAAGACCUGUCUUCCUGUCACACAGCAGGCAGGGGCAACUGCUGGACCGCGACGACGUGGCCCAGUGAACGGAGAUGAGUGUUACUUCUGGAGAACCACCGGCUGCCAUUUUGGUGACAAAUGUCGCUACAAACACAUUCCUGAUCAGAAAGGCAAGGACAGGAAACCUUGGCAGCCUUGAACUCAGCCUACUCUCUGCCCCAGUAGCGUGCAGGAAACUGGGAUGCACAGACUGAACCAAAGGAGCCGGCACUUACUGGACCAGCUUCUCUGGGCUAAAAAUAUUCACUGUAGCAGAAUGGACCAGAAUAGUCAGAGCCAGUACUCAGGCUCUAGGGCAGGGAUAGUCACACAUGUGCCACAAAAGACUGGGAGUAUGAAGGGUUGAAGACUAAACUGAACAAGAUUGCUCAGCAGUACAACAUUAACCAGAAGUGUGCAAGGAAUUCACCUUGUAUAGUCUUUGAUUUGAAACAAAGACCUUCAUAAUCACAGCGCUUCAUGGCACAUGGUGACCUACUCCCACUUCAAGGGAUACAACUAACAUCACAGGCAACACAACAUAAUGAGGAAGUGAAACUGCCAUGGUCCCCUAAUGGAAAAAGAGGUAAUGACUCUUAUGUAUAGCAGUAAUGAAAGGACUCAGGCCAAGGUGCUUCAGUGACGAUGUGUGGGAUGUUCCUUCUUUAGAAAUGCCACCACAAAGCAGUGUUCCUCCCCAUUUUUCAAAGUUCAAUGGUUAGUAAUGUUUUUGACCAAUACUUUAACUUACGGUUUUUUGACAGUUUAGUUUGAUCCAUGGCCCACAACUGCUCCCAUUACUAUGCGGUUCAUAUUGGGGCUUCAUUUAUUUACCAUUAGGUGUUCCUAUGCCAAUACAGAUUGUCCACCAGACCAAAGACUUACCAACAGACAUACUGGACAUUUCAGUACCUCUCCUAUGCAGAUGAGGGUUUUCUUUUAGCCAAAAAGCUACAGAGGCCCACAGAGGUGCCUUUAUACUGUUCUGUGUAGCCUUACUUAAGUAAACAUGGGUACAUGGGUAAAUAGACUUGAGAGAUUGAAAAAUUGUAUGUAUUAAUGCAUGGAUUGUGUGUAUAUUUAAUUUUAUUUACCUAUUGGCUGUCCUUGAAAGAGUUGAUGCACACACUGCAUGACAGUAAUAGAAAACACUUGACGGUCUUAUGCAGUUCAGUAGAAUAAGGGUGUGAACAGAGGCUGUUGUGGUCUACUUUCAGUAGAGGUUUUGUUCUGAAGUGUACAGCAGCUUGGAGUUCAUGGUUUUUUGGUUUAGUUGUAUUGGACUGCAUGAAAUGUCAGGUGUGACAUUCUUCAGUUCUGCAGACUUCUUCUCCCCCAUUUUUGUGGACAGUAGGAGAACUGGUUGUGGUACUGUUCUGCAUACCCAAUGCAAAUGAAUGGCCUUCAUCCAGUUUAUCGCAGCAUUAGAAUAUGAAAUAUACUUCAGGUAUAUUUGCAUAGUAAACAUCACACUGCUUUAUGCCUAUGCAAAAGAAAGGUGCCGACUUGAUUGUCAGUUCUGUGUCAGACGUACACGCCUCCCACCUCUGGCACAAGAAGUCCAUUUUUGUAGAUUGGAAUGUCAAUGACAAACAAGGUGAUGUCGUACUAUAGAACAGUGCCUUUAAAAUAAUUUGUGCACACACAUUUAUGGCCACGUGUAACAUGGUCCACUUAAAGAACUUUUGAACCUUGAAAAGCAGUGUUUUUGACCUUAGGGUGGUCUCCAUUUCAGUAUUUUAGUGAACCAAAGAAUGCUUCAUCUGACGGCUCUGAAAACGGCCUUGUUCUUUCACGAGUUUCAACACUAGACAGUUCAUUAAAACCCAUUGGCAUGUGUCUUUAUCAACCACUAGAUAACAAUUACAGCCACACAGUCCACACUACGUUCACUAUUAAACUAUGCACAGCAUAGCAAGAGUAUUUAUUUUCCUAUUUAUACCUGUUUUUUUUCCUAUUCCUUUUUUACAACAUCCUGGGAGCUGAACACAGCUUUAAUUCUUUUGUCUUUUCUCUUUAUGGUAGAGUAAAGAAAUAGCUCCCCCCCCUUUUCUGGCUUUAACAAACUACAGUUAAUAUUCAUUUGGUGCAAAAAUCUGUCAGAUGCUGCACUACUACUUUUCUUGUAUUACUUUCUGUCUUGUGGCUCAAACUUACAAAAAAAGGAAUUGGACACCAAACCUAAAGACUACACUUGUUGAUUUAACAAACUUGCUUGUUUUGGCUGGUGCUGUUUACUACGGUUGCACAGUGCAUUUAGUUUUGCCUAAUAAAAUGUGUCGGAUGUUCCCGCAGCACAUUUUGAUUUCACCUUAUUGAAAUUUCAGAAUUUGACAAAAGAUUGCCCUGAGUUUAAUUGUAUCUAUUUGGUAUGUUUUUUAGUUUUUAUUUUAUUUUAUUUUUACCUUGUUUCAAAAUGUUUCAGGAAAUGGAGUUUUAAUUCUGAUGUACACAUUGAUAACCAGAGCACUGCAAUUCUUAAUUAAUCUUCAAAAUAUUUUGUAUUAUCGUUACUGCACUGCAAAAGAGGAUUUUAUAUUUAAUAAAAUGUAUUUGAAACACCUAGAACA